AUGGCUCCUCUCAAGGCUGGCGACGACUUCCCCGAGGGUGUUACCUUCACCUACAUCCCUCCUGCCCCCGAGACCUCUGAGUUCUCUGCUUGCGGCAUGCCCAUCAAGUACAACGCCAGCAAGGAGUUCAAGAACAAGAAGGUCGUCCUCUUCGCCCUUCCCGGUGCCUUCACCCCUACCUGCUCUGCCAGCCACGUUCCCGGCUACAUUGCCAAGUUCCCCGAGCUCAAGGCCAAGGGUGUUGACCAGGUCAUCUGCCUGGCCUACAACGACCCCUUUGUCAUGUCCGGUUGGGGCAAGGCCAACGGUGUCAAGGACGAGUCGAUUGUCUUCGCCUCUGACGAGGGUACCGCCUUCUCCAAGGAGUACGGCUGGGUUGAGGGCGAGCGCACCAACCGCUACGGCAUGAUCAUUGACCACGGCAAGGUCAUCUACUCCGAGGUUGAGCCUCACCUGCAGGCACAGGAGGUCAGCACGGCUGACGCAGCUCUAAAGGUGUUGUGA